ACACACAGACAUGUACAUAUACACACACACACACACACACACACAGACACAUGUACACACACACAUACAUGUACAUACACGCAGACACAUGUAGAGAGAGAUACACACAUGUACAUACACACACACACACACACACACCCCAUAAAAAGUUGCAGUACUUCAUUGUUCACUCAUAGAUGCGGGUACUGCACUCUAGGGGGAGGCAGAGAGCACAGCACACACUCCUUGCUUUGCUUUCGCUGCGCUCAGCUAUUGAGCAGUCUGAUGGCUCCCAGUGCCAAUGACAGAUCCGGCCUGAGUUCCGAGCCUGCUCAGCAAGACGGCCCUGGGGGACACACUUGCCCCCACCAUAAUUUCCACUCGCCAUUGGCGAGCAGGCGAGUGGAAAUUUCAAGCCCUGGUGUACACUAC